GACAUGCAUGUGUACACGUUCAUCUGUUGGUCUUAUCACUAUCUUUAACCACCAAAGGAACUGUGCCUUUAUAUACACUGUAAAAUAGGGUAAAAACUUACAGUGGGCAACAUGGUUCUCUUUCCAGGAAUACUUCUUUCAUGUCUCUUCAUAUCUGCUUUUGCAGAGGAAGAUGACUUCAGUAAAUGCCCAUCGGCUAUCCCAAGGAACCAAUACUUGAGGACUUUCAGGAAUCGGUGUUAUGAGUUUGUAGUGUUCCACGAGGCGUACUGGCCAGAUGCUAACGCUCAGUGCAGAAGCACGGGAGGCUCUCUUGUCAGUGUAAACGACGCUGAGACCCAACAGUUCCUCGUCAGCACCCUGGUACGGCUGAAUUUCGCCAAACACGGCAUAUGGAUUGGCCUUAAUGAUCAGAAGGUUGAGUCAACUUAUGAAUGGGCUUCAGGUGAUACAGUCAAUUACACCGACUGGGCAACAGGAGAGCCUAACUUCGCUCAUGGCGUCGAGGACUGUGUGCUGAUGAAGAGUACGAAGGCCUACACUUGGGAGGACCACCCCUGUCAUCUGUGGCCCCAGCACUACUCUUACAUCUGUGAAUACGAGAUGUUCCAAUCCACAACACCGCCCGCAAACGCAGCGACAGGACAAUCUGCAAUGGCCAUGAAUUAGUAGAACUGGUGGACAGGGGUUCCAGAAAGAAAACUUAGUGAUUGAUGGAUUCAUCUGACACCGGGUGUCUAUGUUGGAUACGAUUGCCUGAGUGUAAAUAAAUUGUUCACUAGUU